UUUGAUGUGAAUGGAAUGCCGCCUCUGUCGCCGCCCAAGAUGAGUCCGUAUGGCGCGUCGGCCAAGUCCAAGAAGAGGAAGCUCGUGCGGAAUGAAGUUGCAUUGACACCAUUAAGUCCUACCUCCAUUGACGCAACCUCAUCCCACGGCGGACAACAUCCCGAGACGCCCACGACAUCAUCCACACCGGCAAAGCAACGCAGAAUGACAGUAGCCGAACUCGAAGAGAAGAAGACUCUUCUGCCGUACUUGGAAAAGAUCGAAUACAUCAAUGCGCAACUGAGAUCACGAGGAAUAGACAUUGCAGUGCCCUUGUUAAAACCAUCCUCCGUGACCGCCGUACCCCCCCCUUCCCAAGAGAGGAACCAGCCACAUGAUGACGACCUUGUUGAAAGUGGCGAUGUCCUGCGGCUUGAGUCCCUCAGCUCUCGCUCCGAAACGGACCUCAAUGCAACAUCCACGGCCAUGUCGCCGCCGCCACCAACGACAUCGACAGGGGCAACCACGAUGACUCCCCUCACGACCGCUGUGUUGCAUCAGCGGUACCCUCGCUUUAGUGCGUCCAUCGGCACUUCCAUGCUGUGUCGGUCUCGUCCCAUCGCGUCGUUGUUACGGCUCGUCGACGAAAUCUACGACGGGUACUACGCGCAUUACACGGAAACGACCCGCGCGACGUCCUUUCCGCUGUUUGUCCGGACGCAUUUGCAGCGCACGCUGGGUCUCAUGGCGUUGGCCGACCAGGAAUCGCUGGACCUUCUGUACAACUUGGAGAUGCACCGCGAGACCUUUCCCCAUCUCGGCGUGUUUGCUUCGUUCAUGCGGGAACUAGAGGACGAGGAAGGCGCCUUGUUCUACGCGCAUUGCCGCAGCGUGGUUCAGUCCACGUUUGGCUUAUCGCUCAAGACAAAGGAGAAGCUGCUGCCCCAAGACUUUGCACGACAGUACCACGUCGCAGGCGCGAUCGUCGUGGCCGACCACCCGCGGCUGCGAGAUGGCACCCAGUCCGUGCACUUGUCGCAGACAGCAUGUUCGUUGCUCGUGCUCCGAGCCGCCAAAGUUCCGAAACGGCUUGCCAACCACGUCGCGUCCGUCAUGUUGGCGCCGUACACAUCCGCCGUGACCGUCGACGGCGCUGGGCGGUCGUUGGAUCAAACGAUUGUCGGCUUAGACGACGUUCUGGCGCGGCUGCUGCGGAUCUUUCGCGCAGUUCCCGAAUAUAUUGUGCUCAAGUACAAGUACAACGACGACGGGGAAUCGCUGACCCUUCUAACCCGACUGCAAGACACCAUUCACCACGACUUGGACAAAGCCAAGCUCAAGGCAGCAUUGGACCAACACGUGCGACAUAUGCGGUCAUUGCAGAUCGAAGUGAUGAAAUUGGACCGGGUGAACGUCCCAGAGGUCCACACCAAGCUAUUUUUGCUCAAAAACCAACUGCGAACGGCCGAGCGUGACGUGCAACACCUCACAGACCAGCUGCGGGCCACCGACGGCCAGAUCAACGCCGUGUGGUCGUCUGUCCUGCGGGAUGCAUCCAACGCGCCGACGACGCAGCUGUCGCCGCUCGACAACAUCUUGGCUCGCGUCGGCGAGUACGUGGCAGCGUGUCACCGCGACGUUGUGAUUGAGGCGAAACUCAAGAAAGUACUGCAUGCAAAGCGACGCCAUCCGUCCGAAACUAGUUGGGCGAGUCAGCUCGACGCCCUCCAAGAGCGCUGCGUGAUCAAGAUCCAGCGUCUCUAUCGCCAACGACGGGCAUGGCAUCGAGAGCGGAAGGCGGCAUUGGCAGACGUCCAGGCGCGGCGGCAGCUCAAACACAAGCGCAAGGCGGAAAAGGAACUGGAACGCAAGCGCCUGGACGCUUUGCGGGACCGCGACGCACAGCGACACAUGACGCGCAUGAAAGAGAAGCACCGUCGAGACAGCGACGUCCAAGCAAAGUUGAAGCAACAAGAGGACGCCGUGCUGAGAAAGGCUGCCGUGGCCGAAUCCGACCGCCGAGGUGCCGCGGCGACCGCGCGACUCGUGGCCCGGGUGUUCAAACGAUGGGUCCAGUUCCGAGUGGUUUCCCUUCGCGUGAAAUAUGCCAAAAAGUUAACCCUCCUGGGUAUAUUUGGGCGAUGGAAGCUAUGGAUGCAGACGUCGCACGCCCAGACUGACGCUGCCAUCACCAUUCAAGCUGCCUUUCGCGGCAUGCGCGGACGACGACAAGCACGAGUGCUCAACCGGGCGCGAGACAAGAAGAACCAACUGGCGACGCGCAACGUACGCCGACUCGUCCACCGUCGGCUGUUCAAAGUAUGGGGGGCAUGGACUGGGUUUAUCCAGCAGCAAGUGGACAUCAAGGGCCGCUUCGCCCGGUGUAUGGCGCGAUGUCUAAUGGAAACAUACUCGCAAUGGGCGCGUCUGCUGCCGAGGCGGCGGAGUGCGGCGCUGACGAUUCAAACCAUGUACAGAGGUCAUGUCGGGCGACAACGAGCAGCCCGACGACGGAUGCAGCAUGUCGCUGCAGUUCAAAUCCAACGGAUGGCGCGAGGCCGACAAGGGCGCAAGGUCGCGACGAUGGCGCGGCUAUUGAAGGCCCGCCAAUCCCAAGGGACCAACGCACUGCUCCGUCGGAUGCUUCUUCGCACGUUGUCGCAUGUAUUCGACGGGUUCAAGCGGUACUGGCAACUGCAGCGGCACAUGGACGCCAUCGCAGUCGCCAGAGUGCAUCGUCGACACAUUUGGUGCUUUCGCAUGCUCCAAGCGUACCGUGUGGCAAGACACCUAAAAAAAGCAGAGCGAUUUCGACGGCAGUUUGACGCGGCCACGGUCAUCCAGCGGUACUUUCGGGGGUUCUGGUGCCGUCAAGCAUUCCGCCGACUCGUCCGCCGGCAUCGCAGCGCGCUAUUGAUCCAGCAAACGUACCGGCGGUAUCGGCACAAGUGGGUCGUGUACGAAAUGCAGCGCCAAACAAGCGCGGCGACGGUGAUCCAGUGCCGCGUUCGGCGCAACAAGGCGGUGGCCGUGGUCACGCGGAGGCGCCACGAGUUUCUAUGGCAAGCGGCGCGACGGGGGGACUACCAUGUCGUGCUCAGGAGCUUCAACAGCGGCUCGGCGUGGACUAGCUACGACGAGGACGGGAAUUCACUGCUGCACUUGGCCUGCUUGGCCGGAUCGAAGCGACUGAUUAAGCUCUGCCUUCGCUACGGCAUGGACAUCAACGCUGCCAACACCACAGGUUUGCUCACCCCGCUCCACACGAUCAUCGCCACUACCUAUCCGCAUCGCGCCGAGUUGGUAGACUACAUGAUCGACCAUGGUGCGUGGCACGAGUGCCGCGACGGACGCGGCUUCACCCCGCUGCUGUUGGCAGCUUCGCUCGGCCAUGUAGAUUGCAUCCAAGUGCUGCUGGCCAGAGCCGCCGACCGAAACGCACUCACAACAGCCCAGCAAGACGCCAUCGGGUUAGCCACGUCCCUGAAUCAAGUCGCGGCUGUAGCGUCGUUGUUGGAAGCUGGGUACAGCCCCAAUACUGUCAUAGACCCAGCGGAUGGCGCGACGCUCCUUCACGAGUGUGCCGCCCACGGGUAUGUGGAGGUUGCCGCGUUAUUGAUCGCCCGACAAGCCAACGUCAACGCCCAAGACAUCGAAGGCAACACACCCGCCAUCUAUGCCGUUUUCAACCAACAUACGGACGUUCUGGCGGUACUUUUGACGGCGGGGGCAGCUCCAGACAUCGUGAACGUUGCGACGAGGUCGGCGAUGCAUUGGGCGGUGGGCCAAGCGGACGCGAUCCGACUGCUCGCCGACGCCGACGGCGACGUGAACCUUCGCACCAAGGACAACGAGACGCCGUUGCACUUGACCUGUGUAUCCGACAGCUUUUUGGAGUCCACUCGGGUGUUGCUAUCGUACGGUGCCUCGGUGGACAGCAAAAACACCCGCGGCCACCAACCGGCCCAUAUUGCCGCGCGAGGUGGAGCCGCGGCCACGAUGGAUCUCUUGAUUCAAUACUCGACCAACAUGAACGCGAGGAACUUCGACAACAAGAACCCAUUGGGCGAAGCUCGCAUGUUCAACCGCUCGGCCGUGGUGGCCGUCAUCCAGCGGCAUUAUGCAGACGACAUGAAGACUUUGGAUGACGCGGGGAUCGACGUCGAGCUCGUCGACGAAACCGGCGUGAUCCUCCCAACCAAAUCCCCCGAUGAGUGGCAAACCACGUUGGCAUCGAGCGUUCGAUUGUCGACGUUGAACGAAUGGACGCAAUGUGUCGAUCCAACCACCGAUUGGCUCUUUUACCACGAUGCAACGUCGAAUAUGUGUACUUGGCACGCACCUAUCGAGUACCAAGCCGCUUUGGGGGCACAUUGGCGAGUGGAAGAGCAGAAAAGCCUGGUGAAUACCACAUCCCCAAGCACUGAAAACGGUGGACAUGCCGACACUAGUACUCUAACCGACCAACAAGUCCAGCCCACAGACACGACAGAACCCAAGGUGUAUGUUUACGUCCACGACCAAACCGGCCAAGUUCGGACUACUGUGCCCCCAGUCGACCCAGACAAGCUGCAGGCAUUGAUCCAAGGCAUGGACCAAUACAAGAUGCUGCGCAGUCGCAUUCACAAAGUGUCGUCCGAGACGGCGGCGUCCGUGGCCACGUACCGCGCGUUUUGGGCCGACUUUACCAAAGAUGCAGAAGCGUUGCGGCGUCAGACCCAAGCCGCCAUCACGAUUCAAAAGCACUUUCGAGCGUACUUCUACCACAAACGGUUCGUCCACCUCCAGUUGCAGCAUGCCAUGGCCAUCCAGUUGCAACGAGCGUAUCGGGGCAAGAUCGCGCGGCGCGCCGCGGCCCACGAACGCCGUCGCCACCGCUGCGCCACUACCAUCCAGGCGUUGGUGCGGGGGUUCCUUGUGCGUCGUCGCGAAGCCAACCACCUCCAUGCGUACCGAGUCCAGUACCGCCUGGAGCGGCGGGCUUCUGUGAAUGUCCAGCGGUGCUGGCGCGGCAUGCAUGGUCGAUUCCGUGCAAAGAAGUUCCAAGCAAUGAAGCGAGGCCCGCAGACGUACUUUGAGUGGGCAGACGCCCGCAAACUCGCGACGAUUCUGUCGACGUUCCAAGUGUGGCAAGAGAUGCUGCUGGCCAACACCAACAAGUCGUCAUAUGGGAUUUUCUACGCGAACCAUAUCACAGGGCAAUGUGUGUGGGACAAACCGGUGGCGUGGGUUGAACACGACCGGCAACAGUUUUUGGAGCGGCAGCAAAUGUACUAUUACGGGUACACGACGCAAAUGCUCGAGGCGGCUGUCACCCUCCAGAGCUUAUUUCGCAUGCGCACGGCGCGGGUCCAUUUCCAUCGACUCAUGCAGGGCGUGGCCAUCUGUCGCCGCUGCGAGUCCGACUACCUCAACGACCCGCUCAACUUGACGCGCCUUGGCAACUACGCGCUGUAUUUGCACGCGAUCCGCCACGACUACGACCGCGCCCGGCCGUUGUACCGCCGUCUCAUGGAGUAUAUGGCCGCCCGCGGGCCGGACGUGGCCUUUAUAUUGCGCUGUUAUGCCGUGUUUGUGUACGUAACGGAAGAAGAAGACGACGACAGUGUCGCCAUGCUGUUUGCCCGGGCUGACGCAAUCGACAAGCCGAAAACGAAAUUCCAGCUCGCGUUCCUUGGGUUCUUUCGGUAUUCGCAAAUCAUGUUUGCCACAAAUGCCCAGAGCAACUUGAAUUACGCUGCAUGUGCCCACUGGGUCUACGGACAAGCCGCCGUGGCGAAAGCACACUAUUUGCGCGCGUUGGACGCUGAUCCGUACAACAAGCGCAUUCUGCGACUCUUCAACACGUUUCUUGGUCGAUCAAAUGACCCGGACGGGGACGACGGCGCUGCCCACUACAUGCGGUACCAAGCGACGCUGGUGCAGUCCGAGGACGCAAGUCGGCAACAACAAUGGCUGGACGCCACCGCAACCGAACAACGCCAUCGCGCGGCGGUGCUUCUUCAAACUCGAUUCCGAGCCAGACAUCAACGCAAGCGCGUGCUGCGCAUGAAGAGCGUCCUUCCCGUGCCACACAAAGCGUUGUCCACGGAAGAACUGCAGCUCCACCAAGCGUUCGACACUGUCGCAGCUACGAACCGCAACCCGUCCGUGCUCCGAGUGGACCAGUUGGCCGACGUGUAUCCGCUGCUGGGGUGGUCGGUCCAAGAGGCUGCCGACGACGUGGCGUACGCGACUUCGCACAUGGAGUUCCAGUACCCUCAGAGCAUCACAUGGACGCGGUUUCGUAAGUGGAUCCAAGAAGAAGCGGCGCCGCCGUCGCACUGGGAAGUCUGUGGUACCGACGACGGUUCGGUGUACUAUUACAACACGGUGUCGGGGGCGACGCAAUGGGAAAAACCCCGCAUUCGGCGCCCGAUCCUAGCCCCACGGGUCGAUCGUUGGGAAAGUGCCUUCACUGACCAAGGGGACGUGUACUACUACAAUGCGUUCACAGGGGAAAGUCGAUGGGACAAUCCGUCGUCGGUGCUCGACGAUGCUGCGUCUGGAUGGGAACAAGGGGUCGACGACAUGGGACAAACGUACUAUUACAACCCCACGACGGGGGAAUCCGCGUGGGAAAACCCCCCUGCUGCUGCUGUCAACGAGGUUGACGACCAGUGGGAUGAUGCGACGGAUGGUACUAUGUCGUACGUUGUGCACAAAGUCACGGGGGAAUCGUUGUGGGUCCGCCCGACCGAUGGAUGGGCGGCUGGCCAAGACGCACACGGCCGAGUGUAUUACUAUCAUAUUGAUCGCAACGAAAGUCAAUGGGCGAGUCCAUGGAGUUGUUCGACGUCAAGCGGCGACGACCAAGUUUCCAGCGUAACAGUCGACGAAAGCCACAAAAUGAUUGAGGCGGUAAAUGAAUCUAAUUAGUAUUGAAUUAUCACAAUUUUGCUACUACGACUACUACUUUUGUCUACUAUUACUUUGUCUAUGACUGCACCAACCACGACGACUUUAACGCGUCGGCACACGUACAUCGUUUUGUGGGUUCGGGGUGGAGGAGGCUACAGAGCAACCGGAGGGCGUCUGGCCCGAUGGACGGGGGAAAUAAAAAGCCCGGAAACUUGUGGCGGCCAGACGGGGACAACAACGGGUCGCCGUCCGUGAUCCACGCCGUAAAGUGGGCAAAGCGCGGGCACUGGGUCAAGUCCUUGCCAAAGGGAAGCCCCCCCACGAGCAUGGUGUACAAGAUCACACCAAGCGACCACAUGUCUGCCUUGCGUCCGUCAUAACCAAAAUGACACUUUUGAGUCACUUCAGGGGCGACGUAGUGCGGCGACCCCACGACGGAUUUGAGUCGCCGCACCUGCGACGGCAGCUCUGGAACCCCCAGCAGUUCGUCCGACGAACACGUGGACUCGACCGACGACGAGUGCCCCACGGCGGCGGCGAUGCAGUGCGCACUCAGCCCAAAGUCGGCGAUUUUCAGCACGUCGCCGUCCCCGAGCAGCAAAUUCUCUGGCUUCAGGUCUCGAUGCACAAUGCCCAAACGAUGGCAAUACUGCACCCCCGCCACGAGUUGCUUAAAGUACAUGCGCGCGUCGGCAUCGGCCAAGCCGCCGUCGAACUUGAUGCGGUCAAAGAACUCGCCCCCGGACGCGAGCUCCAGCACGAGGAAGAUGGUUGUUUUCGACGGCUGCACAAACUCGAGCACGUCAAACAGCUUCAACACAUUGUCGUGGCCAGUGUUCCCAACACACCCGCUGUCGACGGUGUUGCCGGUGAGCCGAUGCAUGUGCGCGAUUUCCCGAUAGAUGGUCCUGCGAUUCUGGAGAAACGUCGCGUACUUCUUGGGCACAUGGGGAACGUGCCAUGUCUUGGACGCUGUGACGAUCACAUCGUCGGGAGCUGUCAUGUCGACGUCGGUCUCCAGAGGGUCGUCGUCGCCGUUGUUCGCGUCCAACGGCCACAGCGACGCACACAUGUCCAGUGUCAUUUCCUUGAUCGUACCUGUGUGGACGUCCUUGUAGCACGGAAUCAAUUCGUGUUGAUUGGGAUGAAGCAGCCACCAAACAUGGCCUUUCUCGACGGCGGUAGAGGAGAGUGACGUGUCAAACGCAGCCCCAGCCCGAAUGACUUCACAUCGCGCCAACGCUUGCGGGAAAAACAGUUUGUACCCGACAGGAUUCAGAAUUUUCACGGCCACGGGACGGUGGUGUUGCAUGUCCGUGGCUUCGUACACAACACCAGCGAUGCCAGACCCAAGGUAGUUUCCCAGUCGAAACUUCUCCUGCUGUGCAACGAUGAUGCUCUGACCAUCGUACACGUCCAUAAUGGACGGUACCAGCCAGUUCUCGCUCAACGGAGACACCUUCUUGCCUUUCUCAAAGGCGCACAACGCCAUGGUUGGCACGCCGUCUCGUCCGGUAUAAUGUUCGAUCUAGGGUUGGUCGUCACUUUCACGGUCGUCGAACACACUCGCGCGGGUCCGUCCACGUCUUACGCAGGUCUUCGAAUGUGUCGUCUUCGGUAACAAGACGGGUCCUAGGUGGUGCAGUGACGGCGUCCGAGUCCACCGAGCGCGAGAUCUGCGUUCGUUUUCUCAAAUUUGA